CGUGUUUACAUCUCUAAAACUACAACUCCCAGACGUCUCAGGCGCAUUUGCGUGACGUCAUUACGCAAUUUAAUGGGCUCUCGGAUUUAAAAAUUUGGAAAGCGACGGUGUUGUAGACCAACUCCAACAUGAACUGGGAUCGCCAGUUGAGCUCCAUUCUGUCAGCAGCAGAUGACAGUGUGGCCAAAAUGAGGGAGAGACUAACCGUACUAGGGAACGCCCCCAAAAGGGAAGCAGAUUUUGGCACUGUCACCACCACCGUUCCGUCUCUGAGUCCACCACAAGGUCUUCCAUCUUCCAGCUCCAGUGUGCAGUGGGCAGAUAUAACCUCCAUACUGUCGCAGCUCCAGACACAGAAGCAGGCGAUUGAGUCUCUCACCAUGAAAGUCGGUGACGUGGAAAGGGAGAAACAAUGUCAACAACGGCACAUCCAGACGCUACAAGUGGAGGUGAGCAUGUUGCGUGAAGACCUGAGCCAGAAGACAAGAGAGACUUAUGACCGUCUAGGAGUGGAUCAAGGGAUGGAGCAGUGGAUUAGAGAAUCAGGAGUGGAUUGGAGCAGCUGGCCCCGACCUACGCAGCUCGACGUCCCCAAGGAGAGUUUGAGCUCCAAGGUGCAGCGAGAGGAUCUGCAACAGCUGCAGAAGGAGGUCGAGCAACUGAAAAUGCGCCUGAGAAGACAAGAGGAGGCCAACAUGCUCCAGGUGAAAGAGGCCAGAGAGACGCGGCGACAGUACCAACACAGCUGCCAGAUGGUCCAGGAGCUGACAGAGCGCUGCAGAACUCACAGCACAGACCUGGCCAACACCACCUCCGACUGUUCCCACACACAGCAGGAGGUCCGCCGUAUCGGCGCCACCGUUUCGGAACUGGAGGACGAGGUCAGGCGUCUUCGAGAGCGUGACGCUGUGAUGCCAGCGCGCACUUCGCCCCUCCCGAACCCACCCGCCACCAGGAGCAGGUUCGCAGUUGAAGAGGCGGCGAGGGACUCCGACUUGGAGGACUUGAGCUCGAUUCCGAGCUUGGCUGACAUCAGCUCAGAAGAGCUGUCCCUGCUGGAUGACCUGUCUCCUCAUUACAAACCAACAGAGCGUCAGAGCAGCAAGUCCCGAGUAAAGAUUGACUUUGCUGGUGACGUCGACGACGGGGACCAGGAUUUCGAAUCCGACCUGAGUCUGACUGACCUCUGACCCUCUUUGCGUGAGGUCAGUGACUGGAACUCACGUUUUCAGAAUGGGAAACAGAACAUCUUAUUGAUCCCACGGGGAAAUGUGGAAUGUUCUCAUGGUGUCUUAAUUGCAAAUGCAAUGCGAUGUAUGAGAAAGCUAGUGAGAGAGUUUGUGUUUGGUCCCGUGUGACACGCCCACGCAUCUCCACUGUACUAUGAACAAAACGAAGCACCAGGAAGCAUGAGUACACACUACACGGUUGCUCUAAUGAGAAAACUUUAUCCCCGGCAUAAUAUCACAUUUAAUACCGUGACAUUACAGAGUGGAAACGUGAGCUGUGCUAACAGCAAUUGGUACACAUGCUCACUUUGUUGCGAUGCAUUUCUGCGCCACUACAAUCACAACAAUAAACAUCGUAACAUGCGUAACAAAGCAUUAUGUGUAAUAAAUUUACACCCUAUUGUGUAAUAGGGUGUAAAUGUAUUUCUCUAGGGCCUUGAACUACUGAAGCAGGGAGGAUACUUCUGCACAAGAGCAUUGCACCGGUACAUUAUAAAGGUCUGGGCUGCAGAGAACGUCCCACAACAAUGGAGAGACGCCAGUGUUGUCACUAUUUGCAAACCCCGUUUUCAUAUGAGUUGGGAAAUUGUGUUAGAUGUAAAUAUAAACGGAAUACAAUGAUUUGCAAAUCAUUGUCAACCCAUAUUCAGCUAAAUAUGCUACAAAGACAACAUAUUUGAUGUUCAAAUGUUGUGAUAAACAUUUUUUUUUGUUGCAAAUAAUAAUUAACUUUAGAACACAUGACAAAGAAGUUGGGAAAGGUGUCAAUAAAUACUGAUAAAGUUGAGGAAUGCCCAUCAAGCACUUAUUUGGAACAUCCCACAGGUGUGCAGGCUAAUUGGGAACAGGUGGGUGCCAAGAUUGGGUAUAAAAACAGCUUCCCAAAAAAUGCUCAGUCUUUCACAAGAAAGGAUUGGGUGAGGUACACCCCUUUGUCCACAACUGCGUGAGCAAAUAGUCAAACAGUUAAGAACAACGUUUCUCAAAGUGCAAUUGCAAGAAAUUUUGGGAUUUCAACAUCUAGGGUCCAUAAUAUCAUCAAAAGGUUCAGAGAAUCUGGAGAAAUCACUCCUCGUAAGCGGCAUGGCCGGAAACAAACAUUGAAUGACCGUGACCUUCCAUCCCUCAGACGGAACUGUAUCAAAAACUGACAUCAAUCUCUAAAGGAUAUCACUUCAGAAAACCACUGUCACUAAAUACAGUUUGUCGCUACAUCUGUAAGUGCAAGUUAAAGCUAUGCUAUGCAAAGCGAAAACCAUUUAUCAACAACAUUCAGAAAUGCCGACCGGCUUCUCUGGGCCCCAAGAUCGUCUAAGAUGGACUGAUGCAAAGUGAAAAAGUGUUUUGUGGUCUGUCUCUGUAGUGCAUUCAAUUGAAUAUGGGUUGAAAAGGAUUUGCAAAACAUUGUGUUCCGUUUAUAUUUACAUCCAACACAAUUUCCCAACUCCUAUGGAAACGGGAUUUGUAAGAACAAGGGUGACAAGGCUGUCCGUGGCAACAGUAGGGGCAUUUCACUCCUUGCUGUUGCCGAUAAAGUUCUGGCAAAAGUGAUGCUCCAGAGGCUGAUUAAUAACAUCACUGAGUCGAUACUGCCUGAAUCACAGUACGGGUUUAGAAAAAGUAGGAGCACAGUGGACAUGAUUUUCACAGGACCUAUUCAUGGCCUUGGACACUGUUCAGAGAGAACUUCUAUGGGAAGCCCUCCUCAAGUUUGUCUGUCCCAUUCAGUUUGUUAACAUCCUCCGUCAGUUUCAUGAUGAAACGACUGCUCAAGUGACCAUAGGAGGUCAAAAGUUUGCCCCCUUCCCUGUACAUACAGGAGUAAGGCAGGGGUGUGUACCAGCACCAGUGCUUUUCAACAUCUUAUUGCUAUGUGUUACCAAGCUUCUCCAUAAGGAGAUUGAGGACAGCAGCGGUGUGACAGUGGACUUUUGUCGAGAUGGCAACCUCUUUAAUAUCAGGAGGCUUCAGGCUACCACCAAACUGCAGAGGGAGAGAAUUGUUGAGAUGCCGUACGCAGAUGACUGUUCUUGUAUCUCACAGCCCACAAGACCUCCAGUCUGUUCUUGCUGCUGUGGUAAGAGCGUACAACAGGAUGGGACUGACCGUCAACACCAGCAAGACGGAAGUAGUUUGCUAGUGGAGCUCCACAAAGCUACAUACAUCACCUGUCUUCACAGUUUCUGGAGAACAAUAGCAAUCGUUCCAUCUUUCAGAUACCUGGGGGGCAUUCUUUCUAAUGACAACACUGUUGAUAGUGAGGUCCAGAACAGGACCAAGCAGGCAGCGGCAGCUUUUGGGAGACUCAGGCGUUGGGUCUUCCAAAACAAGAACCUCAAUUUCCACACAAAGGUCUUUGUCUGUAAAGCUAUCUGCCUCACUACCCUCCUCUACAGCUGUGAAGCCUGGGUAACCUACAGCCGCCACAUCAAGGCCCUAGAGCAGGUCCACAUACGCUGCCUUCAGCGCAUCCUGGGGAUUACAUGGCGUGAUCGUGUGCCUCAUUCUGAAAUACUCUCAAAAACCAACUGCAGGAGUAUUGAGGCCAUGAUCACCCUGCACCAACUACGAUGGCUGGGCCACGCAGUAAGGAUGCCCUCAGACCGCCUGCCUCGCAAAGUGUUAUACGGCCAGCUACACCAUGGUCGUCGCUCUGCUGGAGGGCAGAAGAAACAAUAUAAGCACUGCACUAAAGAAGUGUAAAAUCAGACAGAGUGUGGUUGCUGAUCGUAACACCUGGCGUCAGCUGUGCCAGGAUGGCACCAGCCUGCUGGAGGAGGAUAGGACAGCCAGGAGACAGGAGAGAGGACUCGGGAGGAAUACACCUACGGUUGCCGUUUCCACCACCACCAUUUUUACAUGCUCUACCUGCGGUAGGGUUUGUGUAUCCAGGAUAGGGCUAAUCAGCCUCCAACGAACUCACUGGUUGAAGUGGAUGUCCUCAUCGGACUCGAUGGUCAACCAUAAGUAAGCGUUGUGUAAUCACGCCACCUUUUGUAAUAAUCUGUCUCAUUUUGUAAUAAGAUUCUUGAACGCAUUUUGUUAUCAACUUUUGUAAUAACUUGUUUCAUAUUGCACACGUCAUUGAUGGAAUUAAAACAUUUUCCAUAUUCUAUUUA